AUGCUUCUAAGAACAGCCAACGUGCCCAGAUUUGGCCGAACUCUGGCUUCAAGCGCUAUUCUUAAAUUGUUUGACUCCCAGAAAUACUUCGCCAACUUUAACCUGCCUGGCUAUCUGGUAUUCUCAUCGCCAAAUGUAGGGCUCUUCAGAAACAGUCAUCUCACGUCUCCCGAUGGCUUGGUGAAUUUUUCAAAGCUGUCUCUCACCAAAGCCAAGUCUCUAGUGACGUCGAUGCUUUUGGAGGCAAAUAAUACAGAACAAGGAAAAUUGACCUACAUCAGAAAGUUGGACCAGUUGAGUGACACCCUCUGUCGAGUUAUCGAUGUGGCCGAAUUCAUCCGUGUUGUUCACUCGAGCCAAAAGUGGGUGGAUGCUGCACAAAACACUCAUGAAAUGAUGUUCGAAUACAUGAACCAACUCAACACCAAUGUCGAGUUGUACCGCACUUUGUGUACGGUGUUAGAUCUGUAUGUCGCCAAAUUUUUGAGUGAUGAAGAGAUUGAGGUUGGCAAGUAUUUGCGGCAAGAUUUCGAGCGCUCGGGCAUUGCCAUGGAUCCUGAUACCCGGAAGAAUUUUGUCAUGGUGACCCAGCAGAUCUCGCUCUUAGGCUCGACAUUUAAUAACGAGAUUCAGAACAUGGAGUCUUUUUGGGUGGCCGUGCCCAGGCAUGAAUUUGAGCAGAUCGAAUCCGACAGCUUGAAGAAGGAUAUCAUGUUGUAUCAAAAUAGAGCACCACAACACUCAAAAACUGAUAUCAUGGUUCCCCUAGCUGGCCAUAUUCCCUCUUUGAUUUUGUCUCUGUCUUCCUCUGAAGAUGUUCGCAAAAGAGUCUGGAUCGGUUUGCAUAAUUCCCUGAAAGACCAACUCGACACCCUCAACGCUUUUUUGAAAUACAGGGCGCUCCUCUCUAAUAUGUUGGGGUACAAGUCUUUUUCACAAUACCAGCUCGAACACAAGAUGGCAAAGAACCCCGAGAAUGUGGUCACAUUCCUCCGCAACUUGCAAAAGAAUCUAUUGUCCAGGCCCGAUGGCGUUGUUGCAGAAAUCAAACAACUUCACGAUCUCAAAAACCAAGAGGCUUCAGCUGGAAAGCUUUCACUCUCCAAAGAACAAAUUUUAAGAGAUGUUAAGCCGUGGGACAGAGAUUUCUUGCUAUCAAAGCAAAGUCUUGUUUCGUUUGAGGAAGAAACUCCGCUUGAAGACAUAUCUGAAUAUCUUUCGGUCGGGUCGAUCAUGAGUGGUCUUGAUGAGUUGUUUCGCAGCAUAUAUAAUGUUGCGCUCGUACCUCAGAAAACCAUGAAAGGUGAGACUUGGAACCAAAAUCAAGUGCGCAAAUUAAGCUAUAUUGACCUAUCCAAUAACGAGAUAUUGGGUCACUUGUAUGUCGACUUCUGGUCUUCCAAAGUGUUGCCUUCUCACUUCACACUCGUAUGCUCUAGAGAACUCAACACCGAUAUUGGCAGUGAAAGCACUCAAGAGUUGGAGAAAGAAACUCACCUCAGUUCUGGAGGAGACUAUCAACUACCAGUGAUUUCUCUCGUGUGCAACUUUCUGAACGCUAGUCUGUCCAAAAUAAGCCACCUUGCCGGCAUGGACAGCGACACUCCGACGCUUUUAAGCUUGGAACAAGUCGAUACAAUCUUCCAUGAGAUGGGGCAUGCUACUCACUCGAUGCUCGGUCGUACUCGCCUUCAUAAUUUGUCAGGAACUAGGUGCGCUACGGACUUUGUUGAAUUGCCAUCAGUUCUCAUGGAACUGUUCAGUAGCGACCCCAGAGUUUUGUGCAAGAUAGCAAAGCACUAUAAAACAGGGGAGCCUUUACCACUUAAAUUAUUAGAAAGUCAUCAAAGACAUCUGAAGACUCUCAAGCAUACGGAAACCUACAUGCAAUCAAAGAUGGCGCUCUUGGAUCAAGCGCUUCAUAGUGAUAACGUGGUCGACUUUCGCGAUGAAGUAGCCUUUGAGAAAUUUGACUCCACAGAAAUUUACCACAAACUCGAAAAGGAAUUGCAAGUUUUCGCUGAUUUGUGGUCUACGUGGCACGGAAAGUUCCCUCAUCUAUUCUCCUACGGAGCUGUGUACUACUCCUAUCUAUUAGACCGGGCCAUCGCAGAAAAGAUCUGGAAAGGUCUUUUCGAAAAUGAUCCAUGGAGUAGAGAUGCAGGCGAAAAGUACAAGCAGAGUAUUUUGAAGUGGGGUGGAACAAGAGACCCCUGGGUUUGCUUAGCUGAUGCCUUAGAUGAGAAGGCAUUGGCGAAGGGUGAUGCGCGAGCAAUGGCCCUCAUAAGCGAAUUGUGA